UUUCAACUAAUUUGUUAAAUCUCCACUGUGAUUUAACGCUUUCUAAUUUCCUCUCUCUAUUUCCUCCGGCCAUGCUAUGCAGAAAAUCCGGCUCCACCUGGCUGGACCGGUUGCGAGCGGCCAAGGGCUUCCCUGCCGAUGCCACCGGUCUCGAAAGCUUCCUCCACAACCCUAAUCCUCCGCCACUCGAACCACCGCCUCCCCAACCGAAUUCCGUCUCCAUUCGCGAUCCGACUCAAAAUGAGGAUAAGCAAUUGCUCUGUAUAAUGAGCGGUGUUCUCAAUGAGCUAUUCAAUUUUGGGGAUAAAUGCAGUAAUUCAACUAAUUUCAAAAAAUCCGCCCGCAAACAGGCAAACCCUAAGAUUUGUGCAUUUUCCGGCAACGACGAUGCAGCUCCAGGGAAGGUUACAUUGCUGAGGGGCAACGACAGCAACAGUGGAGUGGAGGGAGUGAAAAUGUUGGAUAGAUGGGAAACGGAAGAGGAGGGGGUUAAGAGGGAUGCCAGUUUGGCGGGCUUUUCUCGGACGGAAGUGACGGUUAUUGAUACAAGCUACGAGUCAUGGAAGUUUGAGAAGCUGUUGUACAGGAAGAAAAAUGUGUGGAAAGUGAGGGAUAAGAAGGGGAAGAGUGAGAAUGUGGGGGGUAAAAAGAAGAGGAAAAUGUGUGAGACCGCGGAGGAGGGUCAUCGACAUGGAGUCAAGAAGUGGAAGCUUGAUAAGAAUGAUGGGGUUGGUGAGCAGUGUGCUUUGUCAAUGCCACCAUUGAGUGAAGUGAAUUAUCAGACCAAUGCACCUGAAGUUCAUGAUAUGCACUCAAACAAAGUUGUAGGGACUAACAAAAAACACCAAUCCUUGUCCUUGGAAAAUGGGAGCGCAUCAGUUAUUCUUAUCAAGAGCAUACAUGCUGGGAAGAAAAACGGAACAAGUAUUUCCAAAAGCUUUCCGAAGUUCAAACAAAAGAGAAAUUAAGGAUGCAAAUGUUCAUUCUGGUGCUGAACCUGCAAAAUACUUGACUGCGAUAAUCUGUUGUUAUAAGCAAGCAUUGAGGGUUUCAGGUACAUGACUCCUGGAAUAUGCUAAACUUCGCAUUCAUCAAGCAGUUCUAUUUCUGCACAAUCCAAAGUUCAUUGGCCGCCAUACUCGUAUUAUGGGCUAUUCUGAUUGGCUCAGGCAUACUAGAAGUGUGAUGCCUCAUUGUUUUGUGCAUAUAAACAUUGCAUUGAAACUUGUAACUAUGCUAUUGUUGUUCACUAGACUUGAUGGUAAAUCAUCAGAUUGAUCUAUAUUCAUAAGUUGGCAAGAUGAUUCAUUUGGAAGUUUA